AUGGCGCUGCCCGGGGCCCGGGCGCGCGGCUGGGCGGCGGCAGCAGCGAGAGCAGCCCAGAGGCGCCGGCGCGUGGACGGCGGGAGAGGUUCCCCGCGCCCUGAGCCGGCGAGCGCGCGCGCGGCGCUUUACGUGCACUGGCCGUACUGCGAGAAGCGCUGCAGUUACUGCAACUUCAACAAGUACCUCCCCGGCCGCGUGGAGGAGGCGGCCGUGCGCAGGUGCCUGGAGACCGAGGCGCGGACGCUGUUGCGCUUCAGCGGGGUGCGGCGCGUGGAGUCCGUGUUCUUCGGUGGAGGAACCCCCAGUCUGGCCAGUCCCCACACGGUGGCAGCCGUCCUGGAGGCGGUGGCACAGGCCACCUACCUGCCCGCGGACUCGGAAGUCACUUUAGAAGCUAAUCCCACUUCGGCCGCCGGCUCCAGGCUGGCAGCCUUCGGGGCAGCGGGAGUCAACAGGUUGUCCAUUGGCCUCCAGUCCCUGGACGACACUGAGCUCCGGCUGCUGGGACGGACACACUCAGCCAGUGAUGCUCUGCGGACGCUGGCGGAGGCCCGCCGCCUCUUCCCCGGCCGCGUGUCCGUGGACCUCAUGCUGGGGCUGCCUGCGCAGCAGGUGCGGCCGUGGCUGGAGCAGCUGCGGGAAUUGCUACGGCGCUGUGACGACCACGUCUCCCUCUACCAGCUGUCCCUGGAGCGGGGCACUGCCCUCUUUGCCCAGGUGCAGCAGGGCGCCCUCCCUGCCCUUGACCCUGAGCUGGCAGCUGACAUGUACCAGGAGGGUCGGGCCAUGCUCCGGGAUGCAGGCUUCCGCCAGUACGAGGUCUCCAACUUCGCUCGCAAUGGGGCGCUCAGUACCCACAAUUGGACUUACUGGCAGUGUGGCCAGUACCUCGGCGUUGGGCCUGGGGCCCAUGGACGAUUCGUGCCCCAGGGCGCUGGAGGCCACACCCGGGAGGCCCGAAUCCAGACACUGGAGCCCGAUGCCUGGAUGAAGGAGGUGAUGCAGUUCGGACACGGCACCCGGAAGCGCACCCCGCUGGGCGAGCUGGAGCUGCUGGAAGAAGUGUUGGCCAUGGGGCUUCGCACGGACGUGGGGAUCACCCACCAGCACUGGCAGCAGUUCGAGCCCCAGCUGACCUUGGGGGCUGUGUUUGGAGCGAGCGAGGAGGUGAAAGAGCUGCAGGAGCAGGGUCUGUUGCUGUUGGAUCACAGGGGUCUGCGGUGCUCUUGGGAGGGUCUGGCAGUGCUGGACUCUCUGCUGCUCACCCUCCUGCCUCGACUCCAAGAAGCCUGGCAUCGGAGAGUCUCCCCCGUGCCAGAUGUUCCCGCAUUCUAGGCCAGGCCAGGCGGGCCCUGAGGGCUCUGCUGCCAGGUGCUGUCUCCGCUCCAGGUACUAAUUGCCCGUCCCUGGCCUCCCUGAGGGCUGUGGUGGACAGCAAGGUGAUGUCUGAGCCGGGAGCCGGCAUCCCGCAUCCCACCAGCAUCUGGGGACCCGCAGGCCAGCGUGUGGCCCGGGGCUGGGAAUCGCUCUUCCCCCGCAGCAGCGACUGUGUACCUUUGUGGUACCAACUGGUGAAUGGACUUUGGGGUUCUUUCUGCAGGGAGUUACAGCCAUCCUCGCUGCCAGGUCGUGGUGGGGGAGGGGGCUGCCGAGACAGCUACGGAGUCCAGAAAACUUAAGUCCUGCUGGGUCUUUUUUUUUUUUUUUUUGACAGGCAGAGUGGAUAGUGAGAGAGACAGAGAGAAAGGUCUUCCUUUUUGCCGUUGGUUCACCCUCCAAUGGCCGCUGCGGCCGGCGCAUCUCGCUGAUCCGAAGCCAGGAGCCAGGUGCUUCUCCUGGUCUCCCAUGGGGUGCAGGGCCCAAGCACUUGGGCCAUCCUCCACUGCCUUCCCGGGCCAUAGCAGAGAGCUGGCCUGGAAGAGGGGCAACUGGGAUAGAAUCCGGCGCCCCAACCAGGACUAGAACCCCGUGUGCCGGCGCCGCAAGGCGGAGCCCGCUGGGUCUUUUAAGCAGGAUGGGAUCUAAGGUAGGAGCGGGGUCACUACAAAACCACUGGAGGCCGUUCACCCCGUGAUGUCCUGCCUACACUCUGGGUGUGUGUGGGCGUUUGCUAAUGAUUAGAUUCGGGGUAAAUCUUUUUAGCCUGACGACUUCGCAGUUCAGCCCCCAGGCUCAUUUUCAUCACUUGAUUCACGGUAAGGGUUUCACGGUCUGUCAUACAGAGGCGUGUUUUCUUGCGAAGGGGUUCGCGGUCUGUCUGUCAUACAGAGGCGUGUUUUCUCUGCGGUCAGGCAGAUCAUCCUCCAUGGUCAGAGACUCUGGAGACCCCGUGAGCAUCCUGUUCCCCCACAGUCAUUUGCCCAGCAAUUUUUACCAUUCAUCAAUGAUCCUUGCCCAAAUCAAUUCACACACUGAGAGUUGCAAAAAUUUUCAGGUCUGACUUGCUCAUGCCUUCCGUGUCUAACUGGCCUCCUAUCCCUAAAAAUAAAUA